AUGUCCUUCUUCCAACCCCGCCAACAGCCCAACUACGCCCCUCGCCCGGCACCCCAGCCGCCCGCCGCGGUCAAGGCCGCGCAAGUAGCGGCGGCGGCGGCGGCAGCAGCGCAAGCAACACAGUACGGCUCCGAGCCGCCCAUGACCGCCUCCGCCUCGUCACCACUACCGACGACAACCACGCAGCCCGCCGCCGCCGCCUCUCCGCACCCGCAGGCCACCAUCGUCCCCGUCGCCGAGCACCACAUCCCCGCCCUGCGCCGCAUAAACUCCCUCCUCCUGCCCGUCAACUACCCGGACUCGUUCUACCACAAGGCCCUCGACCCGGCCGUCUCGGGCCUCUUCUCCCGCGUGAUCCUCUGGCGCGACGACGACGACGACGACGGCAGCGACCAACAAAGUCAACAACAACAAGGCGGCAGCGAGCAAAGGGCCAGCGACCAGGUCAUAGGCGGCAUCGUCUGCCGCCUCGAGCCCUCGCCCUUCUCCUCCGCAGCGUCCCCAGGCGAGGCGCAGCAGGCCAUCUACAUCCAGUCCCUGGCCCUGCUCUCCCCCUACCGGGGCCUCGGCCUCGCCGCCGCCGCCCUCGACGACAUCCUCGCCGCCGCCGCCGCCCACACCGCCUCCUCGGCCUCGCGGCUCGACGUCCGCACGGCCUUCGCGCACGUCUGGACCGAGAACGAGGACGGCCUCGCGUGGUACCUGGCGCGGGGCUUCGUGCGCGAGGGCCCCGAGCCCGUCCGGGGCUACUACUUCAAGCUCCGGCCCGACACGGCCUGGGUCGUCCGGCGCGAGAUCCCCGGCCCCGGCCCGGCGCCUACCCCGCCCGCCGCGCGCCGGCCGGUCCCGCAGCCCGUG